AGACAAAUCAAUCUAACAAAAUAUUUGUCUUAAAACAAAAAUCAUAAUCAAUAGUAAUAAUUUUCUAAAUUUUUAAUAGGUGCAAAUCGUGCAAGCAAAAAUGGAAAAAGUAAAAUUCUUUACGAUAAUCCUUAUGGUGACAAUGGUUAUGACAAGGGUUUCGGCGGAAGAGUUACCGGUGAAAGUGACGGCCAAUGAGGUGACCCUUGCCGCGGAGGCUGCCGCUUCGAGUUUUAAAAGCAGCGCCGGAGAGGCUGCUCAAGGGGCAAAGUCAUGGGCUGAUUGGGCUACUAGCAAAAUCAGGCAUCCUGGCGGUUUAGUGAAAACACCCGGUUCAGAGUGAAAAUGAUCGAAAGCUUUUAGUAAACAUUUAUCUUAACAAUAUGAUAAAUGUUUAUCAAGAAAAAUAUGUAAACAAUUCUGUUGCAUUCACUUGUACCUUAUUGAAAGUUUGAAACUCUUAUUGAAUAUAAUUACUCAAAUUCUGACCCGUUAUUCAGGCGGAAUUUUUGUUGAAUU